AUGAGCGCGGCGGCGGCGGAAGAGCAAUGGGACGAUACGGAUACGCGCAACCUCGACAUGAGCGAUCUAGCAGGUCCAUUUGAAGGGCCUGAAAAGCUGCUGGAAAUCUGGUUCGCGCCGUCCGUGCAGGACUUGCCCGAGUGUGCGUCGCUGCAGGUGGACGACCUGCCCACGAAGCGCACCGGACUGCGCCGUGUGCCGAAGAGUACGUGGGAGCAGAUGCUCGAGCUGGUCAAGUGCAAGACGUUGAGCGUCGAGAGCAAUGCGGAGAUGGAUGCCUACUUGCUGAGCGAAUCGUCCAUGUUUGUUUUCCCCCACAAGCUGAUCCUAAAAACGUGCGGCACCACCACACUGCUACUGGGCCUCGAGCGUCUCUUGCGCAUUGCGACGACGGCGCUGUUUGACGACGAGCAUGUGCCGUACGGCUCGUCGGUCUCGAGCACACACUUGGACGCGGCACUUGCUCUGUGCACGACCGAGGCGCGGCAGCUCGCCGCGCAUGUAUACCGCUGCUUUUACUCGCGCAAGAGCUUCAUGUUCCCAGAAAAACAAAAGGGCCCGCACCGCGACUGGAUGCUCGAGACGGCGCUCCUCGAUCGCUACUUUGCCUCGGGCUCCGCGUACACGGUCGGCCGCAUGAACGGCAACCACUGGCUUUUGUACAUGGCGUGCAACGACCGCCGCACCACACACACCGUCCCGAGCAACGACAUGACGCUAGAGAUCCUCAUGACCGAGCUCGCGCCCGACGCGUGCGCCCACUUUGCUUUCGACGCACCGAGUACGCCAAACGUGGACAAAGCGCUCCGCGAUGCACACGCGCUCGGCGCUGGUGUGUCACGGCGCAUUGGACUCGCGUCCUUGUUUCCAAGCAUGCAGCUCGAUGCGUUUGCUUUUGAGCCGUGCGGGUACUCGGCCAAUGCGCUGGUGCCUGCCGCCGAGGCGCACGCGGGAGGGUACUGGACCGUGCACGUCACGCCCGAGCAAGGGAGCAGCUAUGCGAGCUUCGAGACAAACAUUGCGCUUGAAUGCGACACGCCCACAGCGAGCGAUCGUGCAGCGCGGUACGCGACCAAUGCACAUACCCUCACCGAGCGUGUGCUCGGCGUGUUCCGCCCGCGGAGCUUUACCCUGACGCUCUUUGUCUCUGCCGAGGAGCAUUCGGAUACCUAUGGAGUGCCUCUGCGCACGCUCGAAAUCGACGGCUACCGCAAACGCGAUCAGAUCGUGUACGAGUUCGAGGGGUACAAGCUAUUAUUCCUUUCUUUCCAACUGUAG